AUGGUCCGAAGCACUCGAUAUCUACUGAAUUUGGCCUUUUCGCACAUCGAUUGGUUGCCUACUACCUCGUCAUCGUCGUCGGCAUCCUUGAGAUCACUGUGUGACCAAGCCAAGGUUUCCAAAUUGGCAUUUCUGCGGCAUGGAAAGACGGGACCAAAACCCGAUGGUGGCAUUGACUUUGAUCGGUUCUUGACCGAUCUCGGCCAGAAUCAGGCGAAAGAAGCUGGAUCAUCCUUUGGACGACAACUCGCGCCUUUUUACUCGCAAGCAUUGGUGUCUCCAGCACCGCGGACGGUUGAAACGGCAGAGCUAUUUCUCGAGUCUGCCAAUCAAAAAUGUCACAUUCAGACCUCCCAAGUUUUGUACGAUGGUACCAUGCAACCAGAAGGAUCUGUGCUCUUUCAAAAGAUUGGCUAUGCACCGUUGUCCGACUAUGUUGAUAGCGAAGACCAAAAUGACAGAGCAGUAUCACGAAAGGUUCUUGGAGAAUAUUCCAGUGCAGCCAUUGAUGCCAUUUCGGAAACGCUCAAAACAGGUGCUGGCCAACAAGAAGAUUCUACCCUCUUGGUUGUCGGGCAUGCCAUUUAUCUGCCAGCCGCGGCCUUGGGCGUAGCGUCGUUGGUCGAUUGCCAACCGGAAGGCUUGGAAACAAUUCUUUCCUGCAACACUCAAGAGGCUGAGGGGUAUCUGAUAGAUCUCGAAUCCUCCCAGGCAACUUACUUGUCCCGGCCUUCUUCUCUCGUGUAA